UAAUAUAUUCCUUGAUUUAACAAAGCAACCGCGAGGAAAAUUUAGUUGGAAUGUCACAAUAUAUUUGUAUGUCAUGUCAGCGGCAUUGAAUGACAUUUUUUUGUGAAUAUUUAUUUUAUUAAAGAAAAAUAUAAUUAAUUAUUUAAAAAGAGUCUACAAAUAUGGCGCAAGGUUUUGUGGGAGAUUCGGAAAAGUGUUACAAUCGUCCUCAUAAUGACUAUCAAUUUCAAACGCCUAAAAGUGAUUUAACCGAAGAACAGAAGAAGAAGUUUUUUACUUUUAAAUUACAAUAUUUAAGGGAAAACCACAAGUAUUUGAAGGAACAUCCAGAAAUAAAAACAUUAAUUAACCUUCUGCUUCAUACUUUAAUGAGGGCCCGUCCUGAAGAAAAAGACAUCCAAGAAUUCAUAGCAGAUUUUUUAACAGAUAAUUUUAGAAAAAUAGAACGUUUGCUUUACAGACCUCAAACGAAGGAAGAAGAAAAAGAAGAACCAGUACAUCUCCAUACGAAUCUGCUUCAACCCUGUCAGAGUAUUCAUAAAAUUCCGGUGCCACCGCGGGAUAUAGAAGAUACAUUUUUCAUGAUGGCUAAUGUCCACGAAGAACCUUUCGUUUCAUUUUCAUAUGAGAUAUUAAACGUAGUUUAAAAACUUUAAUUUUCGUUUUGCAGAAAAAUCAGUCUGGUCCAGGACUUCAUGAAUUGCAUUCUGAGACUGUAAAUGAAUUAGAAGAAACGAUCAAAUCUCCACUAACAUCUAAAAGCAGUGAAGUUUUCAUUGCUUUCUCAUAUGACAUACUAAACGUAGCUUGAAAAUAUAAAAAUAACUACUUAAGUCAGACUUCAGAAUGUAGAAUUAACACACAAAAUAACCGAAUCUACUUAUAUUGACGAUAUUUACUGGACAUUGCUGCAAAAUUUUAAUAUAUUAUUGUAAGAAGAAAUGCU